AACUGCAGAAUAGUAAACUAAUCUAAAAUAUAGCUUUAACAUUAUGUGGAACACUUGAAGCCAAUCCGGCGACUGCGUAGACUGUGCGUGACCUGGCGAAUGGAUCGCCCAAAACGGAAAUGCACAAAAACAAACACCAUGGAGGUAACCGCUGGCAACAAUGCCAUCAAACAGUCGUCCCACAAUAUUGAUAAAGCGCCUUUUUCGCUAUUUUUCACACAUUCCGUCCUCCAGCAUGAGUACGCACUCGGGUCGCGCGUAUCUGAAUUCCUGCCUCAAAGUGCCCAUAGAUCCAUGCAACAACUGUCCGGCUCCGGUCUACAAUCGUCCGAAGCUCUGUCUGGGCAAGAAGCAGGUGGGCAGGACGGGUCGCGCCAAAAGCACUGCCUCCAUGGAGGCGGACACACCUGGAUGGACCACCCAAACGGGUAUCCGAUCGCUGGCCAAGUUCUACGACAGUAUACCUGACUACUGUGAUGUGAAGCACAUGCACCAGGAGGAGUUCUACUCUACGCUGGAGAGCCUGCGCAGCACCAGCCGCGAGCUGAGAGCCCAACCCACAGCGGUGCAGGCGCCGGCGGAGCGUUGUGCCAGUGCCAGCAGCAGUUCCGUGGGAAAGUCCAAGAAGCGCGCGGGAAAGGCGAAAAAGAAGAGACCUCCGCAGGUGCUGGAUCCAGCUCCGGGUGCAGUGCCAGCACUGAGAGGCGGCCAUGCCAAUCGCUGCUCCACGCCCGCAAUAGCCCUCACUCCCAGCUCCAGUUGCCUGAGCGAGGAGUACGACAAGUGCCUGAGGGAUCUGAGUCGUUUGAAGAGCUUCAAGGAGGACUAUGCCGUGGAGGUGGCCGACUUCAAGCGUUCCCUAAAGAGCUUCGAGGAGGAAUUCAAGCGCCCGAAAACCACCAGCAGCAGUUUCACACAGACGGCACACAAGCCCCAUCCAACGGGUCCGCCUGGGGGGCACACGGCGGAGCGAGCCAAGUGCCGCCGGGAGAUGCUGCGGCGAUGUUUCAGCGUCAACGAUUUGGCUGGGAUUCCACAGAACGCGAGUCUCCCGUCUGCCAAGUAUGGCCAGCCAAAGCUGAGCAAUUACUUUCUACAGAAGGAUGAGCAGGAGGUGGAGGAGGAGGUGCCGAAGAUUCAAAUAGAGUCGCCAUCCGUGUCUUCCAAGCGCAGCAGCAGUGCCUCCGUCUCUGGGCGAGGGCGCAGCCGUCGUGGCAGGGGACGCAAGCCAAAGAUUACAGCGAUGCAAUCCGAUCCGGAGGACAAGUGCCGGCCGCCUUUGAGAAUCUUUGAGUUGGUGGAGGAUCUGCCAAAGCGAACGAGCAGCGUCUCGCCCCUACAUCCGGUGGCGCGCCCCAAUCUGGCAGCCACUCUGCGUGCCGAAGUGUCGCGGAAGAAGGUGAAGGAGCUGAAGAACAACUGCACCUACCACGACCCCAGGCCCCAGUUCGAUUGGGAGGUACGCAAGACGCCUGCCUGGAAGUCCUUGUCGCUCAAUGAAUCACACAAAGCCUUGCUGUCCAUCCGAUUGGCCACGCGGAAGGCGGAGCAGGCGCUGCAGGAGCGCCAGUACGAUCUGCACAUGACCAUGAUGCGGCAGCGGGUCAAGUCGGCACCGCUGCUGCUGGAGGGACCCACGUUCUGGGGCCCGGAGGUGGGCAAGCUGAGCCACACGUGCCGCAGCGAGGGUCGGCGACACGCGUGCGAGAGCAGCAAGCAGCUGCGAAAGAAGUCCAGCUGCCCAGCGGCUGGGGAGGCAGACACCAAGUUGCAGCAGCUGCGAAAGAUCUAUGGAUCUGAGAAGUCGUGCUCGCGCCAGUCGCAGCGCAGCAAGCGCUCCGCCCGUCGGCCCAGGAACCAGGAGACACCCAGCCACGACAGCGGCGAUGAUUUGUGCAGCGUGGAUCGCGCCUUCCUCUAGAGACUCUCACUUAAUUCCGAAGCACCUAGUCACAAUACAUGUAAACAUUUUUUGGAUGAACCCAACGUCAGCUCUUUAUUCGGGCAGUUGCAAGCUGUGGAGCGAGGAGAAGUCUGCAAUCAGCUCUUGUCCGC